UGACCUCGCUGAGCACGGGAAGAAGAAGCGGCUCCUACUCACGCUGUCUGGUGGUGGUACUGGCUGGCUAACCAUUGCUCGGUUGUAGAUCAUGGCUGCUUCAAAGCCAGUCGAGCCGCAGUCCGGGACAGGACUACCCCGCUGGCAGCUAGCGCUGUUAGUCGGGACUCCCAUAGUGCUGGGAGUGGGGGCGGUUUACCUUUGGAACCGCAGCAGGACGAAGGAAAGGAAAGGGACCGGGGAACGGAAAACACCAGAAGGCAGCGCCAGUCCCGUGCAGGGCCAAGACGGCGCAGCUCGAGCCAGUCGAGAACAGGAGAACAUGAGCCCCUUGGAUCGAGCCCAAGCAGCAAAGAACAAGGGCAACAAGUACUUCAAGGCUGGCAAGUAUGAGAACGCCAUCCAGUGCUACACAGAGGCCAUUGCUCUCUGUCCCACAGAGCAGAAGGCUGAUUUGUCAACGUUUUACCAGAACAGAGCAGCAGCCUAUGAACAGCAGAUGAAGUGGACAGAAGUGGUACAGGACUGCUCUCAGGCUGUGGAGCUAAAUCCACGCUAUGUCAAGGCUCUGUUCAGGAGGGCUAAAGCUCUGGAAAAACUAGACAACAAGAAGGAGUGCCUAGAGGAUGUCACAGCGGUGUGUAUUCUUGAGGCCUUCCAGAACCAACAGAGCAUGCUGCUAGCAGACAAAGUGCUGAAACAGCUGGGAAAAGAGAAGGCCAAAGAGAAGUACAAGAAUCGUGAGCCGAUGAUGCCCUCUCCUCAGUUCAUCAAGUCCUACUUUAGCUCGUUCACUGAUGACAUCAUCUCACAGCCCCUGCAGAAGGGAGAGAAGAAAGAUGAAGACAAGGACAAAGAGGGCGAGGCAGCCGAGGUCACUGAGAGCUCUGGCUACCUGAAGGCAAAGCAGUACAUGGAGGAGGAGAACUACGACAAGAUCAUCAGCGAAUGCACCAAGGAGAUCGAGUCAGGUGGUCGAUAUACUGCCGAGGCCCUGCUGCUGCGUGCCACUUUCUUCCUGCUGAUUGGCAACGCUACUGCUGCUCAACCUGAUUUGGACCGGGUAAUCAACAUGCAAGAUGCCAAUGUGAAGCUACGAGCCAAUGCUUUGAUCAAGCGUGGAAGCAUGUACAUGCAGCAGCAGCAGCCUCUGCUCUCUACACAAGACUUUAACAUGGCAGCCGAGAUUGACACACGCAACCCUGAUGUAUAUCACCACAGGGGUCAGCUGAAGAUCCUAUUGGACCAGGUGGACGAGGCAGUGGGAGAUUUUGAUGAGUGCAUCCUGCUCAGGCCUGACUCUGCUCUAGCCCAGGCACAGAAAUGCUUUGCUCUUUACAGACAAGCAUAUACUGGAAAUAACCCAGCACAAGUGCAGACAGCCAUGGACGGCUUUGAGGACGUUAUCAGGAGGUUCCCAAAGUGUGCUGAGGGCUACGCUCUUUAUGCUCAGGCUUUGACUGAUCAGCAGCAGUUUGGAAAAGCAGACGAGAUGUAUGACAAGUGUAUCGAACUGGAACCAGACAAUGCUACCACAUAUGUUCAUAAGGGGUUGUUACAGCUUCAAUGGAAACAAGACCUUGACUUGGGACUAGAGCUCAUUAGUAAGGCGAUUGAAAUUGACAACAAGUGUGACUUUGCCUAUGAAACUAUGGGAACCAUUGAAGUGCAAAGGGGGAAUCUGGACAAGGCAAUAGAAAUGUUCAACAAGGCAAUUAACCUAGCCAAGUCAGAGAUGGAGAUGGCCCAUUUGUACUCAUUAUGUGAUGCAGCAUACGCCCAGACAGAAGUGGCCAGGAAGUAUGGGCUGAAACCUCCAACACUGUAACUUCUCUGCCAACUGAUCGCCAAUCUCAGUCUUCAUCGCUGAACCUAACUGUGUUAAAAGUGCAACUGUCUGACUUGCUUUGAUUUGUUAAAAAAAAAAAAAGAGUACUGGAUUAUAUGAGAGAAAGGAAGCCCUGAAUAUAUACCGUGUUUACAUCACACUGAAGGGAUUUGUUAUCAUGGAAAAAGAAAGAUUCCUAUUCAAACUGAGGCUGUGAUCCAGGCCUGUGGUACACUUGGUGGGUUGAUGGGUUGGGGAUUUGGGGGCGGGGGGUAAACCAACAUAGCCCUUUGUUGGCACUUAAUUCAACCGGAACAUCAUCAGAAAAUCUUUUUAUUGUUCAGAAUAAACAGAAUGAUUGGGUCAUCUAGAGUGAAAAACAUACAUGAAUGGUCAUGUAUACCUGUCUAAAUUACUAGUUGCUAUGUACAGUGUAGGAGAAUUGAAAUAUGCGCAGUCUGUUGAACCAAUUACUGACGUUAAGGCUUCUGUGACACUUUUAAAUCUACAGAAAAUACUGUGAGAGCUUUAUAUAGUUCUGAUGGACUGUUCACUUAUUAAUUUAUGCUGAUCUGAAGUGUUUUUGUCCGGCUACUUCCAUAUUGUAACAUACAUUAUCAGUUCUGAAUGCAAGAUUAAAAUUCUAGUGAAAUGUGUAAUGUCUGUAGUUGUAAUGCUGGAAUUGAUCCCGUGGAUACGGGCAACAGAGAGGUUAGUUAAGCAAGUGUUUGUUUUUUUGUUUUUUUGUUUUUUUUUUAAUGAUGGGAUUGCCUGUUUUGUUUUUUAUAUACUUUGUGCAGCAUGUUCACUUUAUAAAUAAAUGUAAAUGCAAUGCUCGUGCUGUCUUGAACACUAGGAAAACCCCAACUAUAAGAUACUUUGGGCGAAACACUUUUGAUUAGAAAAACUUAACCAACUUCAUGUCCUUAGUUUUUUUGAAAAAUGUAUUUUUGAAUUGCCUUUAGUGUCAGAAGAUGCCACAUGGCAUUGGCUAGUCAGUGGUUUUUCCUAGCUCACUUUAAUUGAGAAACAUGAUUUAUUUUCUAUUUUUAUUGUAAAAUUUAUUUUCAUGCUACAUUUGGAUUUCAUCUUUUGACAGGGUAAAUCUUAAGACUGAUUUUAUUUUAUUUUUCUCUCCUUUUCAAAUUAUUUUCUGAAAACCCACGCCUUAUUGUUUCCAGCUUACAUGCAGCCCCGAGAAUCUCUUGGUACAGUGUAUGAUUUGGUUCUCAAGUAGCAUCCAUGCACUGUAAACAUACAGUUAGCCACUACUGCUGAAUGUCUGUAUGUUAGGAGCAUUUUCAAUUUUUAGAAAACUAAAUUGAAACCCUCCUGUUGUCUCUGACAUUCAUAAAUCUAGCAGCAGUAAUGGCUACGUUUCCCUCAAUGUGUGGUAAUACCAAAGAACCAAAUCAUGCAUUCCAGCUGCAGCUGGUGAGGACUACACAACAGAAGUCCUCUCUCUCAGACCUGGAGAAAAAUUGAGAGUUGACCUGGGAGAAAUGGUAAUAACCAUCAGCAGUUUAUCUGCAGAUAUCCACUACAUUUUGGCUGUUUUAAUAGAAAAUCAGCGAUGUGUAUGGUGACCAAAGUUAAAGAGAAUAUGAAUCCUAAUAAAAUGAUAAUUCCUGGAAUGAA